AUGCAUUGCUGGAACCCCUAGGAUUACAGCUAGUUGGCCCUUUUGAUAUUCUGGCUGGUAAAUUCAAGAAACACAAAGGAAAGAGACCGUGUUAUGUAUUGCAUUGGAGGUAUUAUUAUGAUCCACCUGAAUUUAUGACUGUUAUUAAAGGUGAUGACACAAGUCAAUAUCAUUUGGGAUAUUAUCGAGACGAUCCAAGUGAAAUGCCAGCAUUUGUAGCCUCUAAUUCAGCUAAUAAGAAUUCAGUUUUAGCCAAGGAAGCUGAAAACCUUUUUGGUGCUGUCAAGCUAUGCAUAGUAAAUAAACUCAACUUGGCAAAAGAUAAGAAAAAGAAAACAUCUUUAAAUAAGCUGCAUGAGAGUCUCCUAAAAUGGACAAAAAAGUCUGAUAUCUCACUGGAAUCUAGAUCAAAGGCAAUGAAAGCAAGGGAUAAGAAAGUGGUUGCUAAAACAUUUCAUGGAGCUGGCAUCGUUGUUCCAGUUGUUGAUGAUGUUGGUUAUCGACCACUACCAGAAACUGAUGGAUCACUGAAGAAGAUUCUUAAGAAGAUUGUUGACAGCUCAACAGAUGAUGAACGGUUAAAAAACUUUGAUGAUCUGCAGGAGAUUAUGACUUUUAUCCAGUUUGCUAAUGAUGAAUGCGAUUAUGGCGAAGGAUAUGAAUUAGGGAUUGAUCUCUUUUGUAAUGGAUCUGAUAUAUUCCAUGCGUCUAUACUUAAUUUGUUACCAUUGGCGUACACGUUAUUAGGGAGAGAUGAAUAUGGAGAGAUAAUUACUAAACAUCUAAAGUAUAGAAAUAAAACUAAUCUUAGCCAGUUAAAGUAG